UUCAAGGGUUCAAUUCAAGGUCACGGAUCCGUGAUUCCUUCAUCAUCUCUCAAUUUCUCACUUGAUAAAUCGUCCAUCUCAUACCUCAAUCACCGAAGUACUAGUUCUCUAAUUCUCCCACAUCAUCUACGCUACACCAACCACACUUCGCUUACCUCACGACUGGAUUCAAAACACCUACACGGAAGGUCCUUCAAACAUGAAAGCCGGAAGUGACAGCAGCUCGAGCCCUGCUAAGCAGAUCCGCAUCUCCCAUGAUGAGGGCAAUAAAUAUGCAGGGGCUUGCCUGACUAUCAUGGUGGGCCCCAGAACGAGUCGCUACACCGUGCAUGAGAAGAUAGCUCGUGCAUCUUCGCCCUACACCGACAAACUCCUGCGGGAGCGCACCACGCGCAUCAUCGAUCUCCCUGGCGAUGAGCCUGCGAUGGUGGGCGUGUAUGUGCACUGGCUCUACCAUCGCACGCUGCCCGUGAUCUGCGACCAAGCCCAGCAGGAAUACCUCCAUUUGAUCAAGGCAUACGUCCUAGGAGUCAAGCUACUCGACACCAAGUUUCAGAAUACCGUGGUCGAUGCGAUUAUUGAGCAGAGACAGUCCAGCUCCCAGGAUGGCAAAAGUCCCGCUCCCGGCCGCGAAGCGAUCAAAUACGCCUACUCCCACACUUCUUCCUCGGCCCCAAUUCGUCGACUCCUAGUGGAUAUUACCGCAAACCGCACAACUGAUCCCAAAUGGCUUACUUCUACUGAGAACGAUAAGCCUGGGGCGUUUCUUCUGGAGCUGGUCGCCAAGCUGAUGGACCGCCGUGCGACGAAGAAGGAGCCUCUCGUGAAAUGACAAUGCCGGUUGACCUUCUUGAUCGCACAGUAGCC